AUGGCAUCGUUAUAUGUGGGUGAUUUACAUCCGGAUGUAUCCGAAGCCAUGUUGUUUGAUAAAUUUGCCUCGGCUGGACCAGUUUUAUCAAUUCGUGUAUGUCGUGAUAUGAUAACUCGACGUUCACUUGGUUAUGCUUACGUCAAUUUUCAACAACCAGCUGAUGCUGAACGAGCUUUGGAUACAAUGAAUUUCGAUAUGCUACGUGGAAAACCAAUGCGAAUUAUGUGGUCACAAAGAGAUCCAGCACUGCGAAAAUCUGGUAUUGGAAAUGUGUUUAUUAAAAAUUUGGACAAAAAUAUUGAUAAUAAAUCGUUAUACGAUACAUUUUCUGCAUUUGGAAAUAUUUUAUCGUGUAAAAUUAUGACUGAUGAUCAAGGGCAAAGUAGAGGUUUUGGAUUCGUUCAUUUUGAAACACAAGAGGCAGCUGAUAAUGCUAUAAACAAAGUUAACGGAAUGUUACUGGCCGAUAAAAAAGUAUUUGUCGGUCGCUUUUUGUCACGUAAUCAACGUUCUGACAUUGGUGGUCCUCGAAAAUUUACAAAUAUUUUUGUCAAAAAUUUUGGUGAUCAACUGGACGAUCAAAAAUUACAUGAUCUAUUUGCACCAUAUGGAAAAAUAACCAGUUGUAAAGUAGAACACGAUGAAAAUGGUCAAUCAAAAGGUUUUGGUUUUUGUAGUUUCGAAAGUACAGAAAUGGCUGAAGAGGCUGUGAAAGCAUUGAACAGUUAUACACUUGGUGAUAAACAAUUAUAUGUUGGACGAUUUCAGAAGAAACAUGAGCGUACGGCUGAAACCAAACGUCGAAAAGAAAUACAACGUCAAGAGCGCAUGAACAAAUAUCAAGGUGUGAAUUUAUAUAUAAAAAAUUUGGAUGAUACAAUCGAUGAUGAACAUUUGAAAAAAGAGUUUAGCAAAUUUGGUACAAUUACAAGUGCAAAAGUCAUGACUGAUGGAGGACGAUCAAAAGGAUUUGGCUUCGUUUGUUUCUCAGCUCCUGAUGAAGCAACAAAGGCGGUUACAGAAAUGAACGGUAGUAUUGUUGGUUCGAAACCGUUAUAUGUUGCACUAGCACAAAGAAAAGAAGAACGUCGUGUUCAUUUAACUAAUCAACAUAUGCAACGUAUGCAAACAUCACGUAUGCAAAAUCCUCAAAUGCCAAUGCAAUUUUCAAUGCCUUAUUUACCAACCAUGGCACCACCACAGCCACGAAGCUACUUUCAGCAGCAAGCAAUGCCCGCCUAUCGUGCUCAGCCGCGUUGGUCACAGACAACAAUGAGACCACAAACUACAUUUCCCACUCAAUCGUACCCAUUGCCACAUCAACGUGUUCGUGCACCAACAGUACAAAAUGUGAUACCUGGUUCUAUGCAACAGCCGGCAAGUCGUCUACAAACAAUGAUGCCAGGUAAUGCACAAAAUCGUACACAAUUACCAAUGCAACAACGUGCAACAUCAGCAGCAGGUAUAUCUCAGUCGGUUACGCGAACAGUAGCAGCAUCACAAAUGCCGUCGAUGCCACCAUCAUAUGCUAGAACACAAACAGCAAGAAACAUGCCGCAAGCGAAUUCUGGUCAGUCGAUUCUCGUUCCUGGUCAAGAGCCAUUAACACCAGCUGCAUUAGCCAAUGCAUCGCCACAAGAACAAAAACAAAUGUUAGGUGAACGUUUAUUUCCAUUAAUUCAACAAAUGCAUCCUGAAUUGGCAGGCAAAAUAACUGGAAUGUUAUUGGAAAUUGAUAAUACAGAAUUAUUGCAUAUGCUUGAAUCUCGUGACUCAUUAAAAGCAAAGGUGGAGGAAGCUAUUGCUGUAUUACAAGCUCAUCAAGCAAAACAGUUAUAUGCAGCAAAACAAGCAGAGGAUACGGAUAUCGCUAUUGAGCUAGGAUCCACUUCAUUUAUUGAGGUAGAAUUAUGCGGGACAAGCAAAAACAAGAUCAAGAAAUGGAACGUUACGUCGGCAUUUCCGUCGCUGUAUGUUGCCAAGACAUGGCCCGGUGCUGGUGGCACUGUACUGUCCGUAUAA